AUGGCUGAUUACAAUGAAGGACUUGAGAAGCUUGCAGAGUUGAAUGUGGAUGUAGCCAAUGACUUCAAAUUGUAUAGGCUUGAAUUAUUCUACAGAGUUUAUCUGAAUCCUGCAGUUAAGACUAAUGCAAUUACUUCAAACAUAGAAGAGACAUUCAAUAGGUACAUCAUUCAAGCAAGGACCAAACAUUUGCUCUACAUGUUAGAAGACAUAAGAGCAGCUUUGAUGCAGAGAUUGGUGGUGAAAAGGCAAGCUACGAUGAAAGUCACCUUAAUGCUUUCUCCAAGAAUUCAAUCGAAGUUGGAAGCUGAGAAGGAAAAGGCUACAGAAUGUGAAGUAACUCCUUCCUCUGAAACCCUUUUUAAUGUUAAUUACAACUUAGAUCAACUAGUGGUGAAUUUGGAAAGUAGGAGCUGUACUUGUAGGAAAUGGGACAUGCUUGGCAUCCCAUGUUGCCAUGUAGUGGCUUCCAUAUAUUUUGUGGGCAAGGAACCAGAGCUGUUUGUGGAUAAAUGCUACUACAGGGACACUUAUUUGUCAGUGUAUGCAGGCUCCAUUCCACCAAUUCAAGGUGAAAGAUAUAGGCUAGUAGUGUCUAUGCCUAUUGAUCCUCCACCAAUUAAAAUUGGUCCAGGGAGGCCAAGGAAAAAUCGAAUCAAAGAUCCAUAUGAGAACCCCAAAAAAUUUGGUUCCUUGACAAGAACAGUGAUUGAAAUGACUUGUUCCCCUGCCAAAUGA